AUUGCCCGGCCGCCCGGCGGCGCAUCCGAACGAACGAACGCUAACCGCACGCGACCGUGUUUACGAACGCACCUUUACCAUUUUCAAAUUUCGAACGAGCUAUUCCAAAUUUGAAUUUUUAGUGCAGUGCCUGACUUUGGAUUUUUUAUUCGUGAUUUGAAGGCAACCUUGCUGAGCAUCGCACGGAUCUGAAAAUCAAGAAUAAGCCGUGAUCUCACUGCAGUCCGCGCCGAGCCGUGCCGCGACUGUAUGGUAAACAACUAAUUCAAAAUGGCUGACAACGGGUACGGACCGAUGGCCGGCCACGUCGGCAGGAUACCGAGCUACGGGAAAACUCAGGUCAAUCCCUUGGGUAACAUUGAGCCCCCAGCAUGCAUACAGAACGCGAUGAUGACGAAAGAUAAGAAGCCGUUCACCUACACGCCAGGAGGCUUGGACCUGUCCCAGAUACGCACUCCAAGCAUGGCCAGAAGAAUGGCAAGGCAGAGGUCACAAGAGGAGCAUGAACCAGCCUAUGCUCAGCAAAACUACGCCCCUCAAACCAACGGCGGUGGCGGUGGCUACCAACCACAAGGGGCCCCAAAUCCCCCUCCUCCCCCACCUCCUGGUAUCCCCGCUCCACCCCCGCCUCCCCCUCUAGUUAUCGAAGUACCAAACUCAAAAUCCCCGAAACCCGUACCAUUAGGAGAACGACCCGAAAUAGUUAUCCCUGAAAACCCAAUUGGGAUGCUUAGGAAAACGAACAGCCCGUAUCAUUGGGAAGCAGAAAAAGCAGACGCACUGCGACAGGGUCCCGUGCCGAAGUUUGUAGAAAAGAUCCCGAGCCCUUUGACGGUCCAAAUGCCUCCGUCUUCGUUCUCCAACCAAGCACCUCAGUAUACGCCGCCAUCUCAGAAUAUAAACUAUUCAUACAACAACCAGAACAAGCAACCAGAAAGCCCGCUUCACAAACCGGAAGCAUUGUAUGCUCACCAGAAAUCAAAUUCACCAAGUGUAAAAACUCCUACAAUAGAACUGUUACAAAGACAGGAUUCUCAGUUCAACAAGAGCCCACAACCCUUCGGAGGACAGUCGCCUGUUAGCAACGGUUCUCCGUAUUCUCCUAGCCCUAAUAAUAAUUGGAGGCAGCCGGAGAGAAGAGAAUCUCCAGCACAAAAUGCGAGCAACAGCCCUCAGUCUCCACAUAUAAACCGCAGUCCCUUUACACCAAACCAGCAAUACUCUCCUAACUUCCAAAAUCAAGCUCCUCCAGUUAAUUCUAGUCCCGUUUAUCACACUCUUCCUAGGGUUGGCCAAAAGAACCAAGAGAUUAAUAAUAAACAGAACAACCAAUACCAACAAUCAAACGCUGAUUCUGAUCCCGCACCGUGGCGAACCAAUACACUUAACAGACAUCCAAGAGAGCCAGAGAGCCAGAACAAUGCCUAUAAUAAUAAUCAGAAUUCAAAUCAACAGGCGUACAGCCCCCCAUGGAAGAGUAAUGAAGCGAAUAACAAUGAAAGCGCAUACACUCCUCCGUGGCUUCAGGCACGGAAUCAAAAUGCGAAUCAACAGCAGUACACACCGCCAUGGGUCACGCCACAAGAUUCUAACAACAAUGGAGUACAACAAAACUACAAUACGCCCUUGAGGCCUUCCGACAAUAACAACAACAGAGCCGCACAAGCUCCACAGAAACCUGCGCAACCCCAAGCACAAGAACAACCCCGUUAUCAGUCGUCAAUGUCAAUCCCUGUGACAUCGACGCGACAAAAUCCACCAGCGAACUAUAACAACACUCCCCCGCAAAAAGAAGUCGUGUAUGUUAACCAGGAGCCUGUGUACUUCUGCCCAGAUAGUCCGAAGUCCAUACCACCUUGGGUCAAAUCACAGAAAGAAAAGACGAAAACCCCUCCGCCCGAAUGGGUUCAGCGCCCGCUGGACAACAGAAGAAGCGUAACUAGGGACUUAGUGACGCCACCGAGGGAAACCACAAAUCAGGAACCAGAAUGGGUGAAAAAGAGCAACGAAAUGCAGAGAGGUAUUCGCGAUGUUAUCAGUCCGCCUAAAUACCAGCAGACCGCACAGCCAUCGUGGUCGACUCGUCCGUCAGAGAAUAGAAAAAGUGUGCCUAGGGAUGCCCCUGGAUCCACUGGUAGCAAGGCUAUUCCGAUUCAAAUGGAGGUAUCAAGUACAGAUACAAGGGACCAAGGGAGACAGGGUCAGGCUCCGCAAUUGAGGAUCACUAUCGGUAUGAAUCCGAAUGCUCCCAACUCACAGCCGCAGGCGGCCCCGUACUCCCAGCCCACUCAGCGCAUCAUGCGAGUCCUAUCGCCGCAGCUGGUGAGGAUGGACGAAGGACAGUCUCAGCAAGAACUGCCGACUCUAAACCGUCACUUGACGAGCAAUCAAGAUAAUCAGCCGAAAACUCGGAUAAUCCCCAUUCAAAUUGAAGGUGGCAGUAAUGGAGCUAACAAAAGGGUGUACUACCACAAGUUCACACAGGAGGCGCCUCCCCGGCAGUCCAAGGCGUUCCGGGUGCUCCAGGUGAUCACGGGCACCGAGGAUUCCGACCAUAUUCUGAACAUGGAGAACCGGCACGGGUUCACUGACCUGUAGCCAUGUAAGCUUAAGGUCCAUCCUCACGGUCCUAUUUACAAAAUUAUGUUUUUUUUUUGCAUAUAUUCCAAGUUUAUGAUACAUCUGUUAUAUUUUGGAAAUGACUUUCAUUUACUAUCGAAUUUUGAAAAUUUAUUUUAUGCUUGAUUUUCGCAUCAUGCCAAUAUAACAUAAAUACGUAAAAUAAAAUAGUUACGCUUUUUGUGAGGAUCGACCUUAAUACAAAAGGCAUCAUUAUUUACCUACUGACAGCGAGUUUCCUCUCUUUUACCGACACAAGUGAAAAUAGGUAUCAAUUGAAUAAGUACUGCAUUAAUAAUUCUAAUUAUGGUAAAGAUGUACAAUUUAUAAAAUACACAUUUGAAAACCUUUCUACUAUUUCACAAACAUGCGUAAAAUAUGUUAGUGUAUAUUAGCAUAUAUAUAUAUAUAUAUAUAUAUAUAUACAAUAUUAUUUAUCUAGUCGCUUGGGCGCCCAAUUUUGCACAUGUCUGUGUUACUUAUUAUAUUUUAUUUAUAAUUCAAUGUUGCUUGUGGAAUAGUUACUUAACAAUAAUAUGUAAUACCUUUUAAAUAUUUGACUAAAUCACGUACAAAUUCUUACUAAAUGAUGUAAGCACGGUUCGUUAAACUAGACUAUGAAACUGGAAAUAUAAUAUAUUUUUUAAUAAGUUAUUUUGUAAUGUAAAUCUUAUUUUUAUUACCUAUAAAAUGUGUAAAUAAAUCGAAAAACCUAAUGUAAAUGUAAAGCUUUUAAUGUGAUUUUACUAAUGCUCGUGAAAAUGCCUACGGCUAGCUUACCAAAGAAUAUUUUAAUAAAUAUUAAAUAUUAUUUAUGGCUAAGUUUAUUUAUUAAUAAGCAAAUGGUUUUCGCUUCAAGUUAAAUAAGUACUUGUACUUACCUACCUUAUAAUGAUAUUCUCACAAUAAGAGCGAAAAAAUAUGGGGCUUAAUCUUGAGUACCGUCAUUUCUAUGAUAAAUUAUGUAAUUUUAAAUAAUUAUAAGGUAAAUAUGCUGUUAUGCACUUAUAUAAUAUGUAUUAUACUUAAAAAUAUAGAUAGUCAAAUUAUUAAAAUUGUCGUGUCGGUGUAAGUUACCAUUAGAUAGAUUUGUUAUACUUUUCAAAUAUCGACUAACCAUGAGAAACCGCCAAUAUACCUACACAUAUCAUACUAACGUAUUAUAAAACUAUAUUUGGUAUUUGUUUAUUUAUUUUAUUUAUGCUGAGUAUAUUAUAUUGUGUUUAUUGCCUUUAUGUUAUAUGUAUUUAUGUAUGUACCUAGUGUGUAUGCUUUAUUGUAUAUUAUAUAUGUGUAUGUGUAUUUUUCAUAUUGUAUUGUUUAUAUAUGUAUUUAUUCAUAACUAACUGACACGCUUUCGAAUUAUUUGCAACAAUAACGAAAGUAAUUCCGAAAAUUCCAACGCAUGUUUUGUUACAUUUAUAUGAUUAACAAAAAUUUCCCUUUUAUUAUUAAAGCUUUGGCAAAAACAAUGCCGAACACAAUUAUCGGUAAUUUAACGUUUGGUUGAAACUUUAUUAAUAAAACUGGAAGAUUUUUACCAAUGUAGAGGCUGAUCGAUAAUUGAGACGUACAAAAUAGCUAUUUCCGCAUGUUAAGCCAAUAGGAAACUUGCAUGAACUGUAGGAGGCAACACAAGAGCCCUCUCUUUAUUGGCGCGAAGUGUACUUACGAUGUUUAAGCUUUCAAUUUAGCCCAUAAGAUGGCACACCUUACAACUGUAACUUACGUUAACUGUAGAGGGCAGCAUUGCUUUGCCGUGAAGCGUAAAAUGUACAGUUUAUGUUUCUGAUUCAGGCCACAAGAUGGCAGACCUUCCAACGCGCGUCCAUAAAGACAAAUUUAAUUUGUAUACAUGACAGUUUUGUAUGAAAAUAAUUACCAUUUUGGGAAAGUUCUUUGAGAAAAUAUAUCGAUCAGUAUUAUGAUAGAAGUUUUGAAAAUUAACCAAAUCUUAAAGCAGACAAGGGGUGUGGCAUUCUAGUCAGUGUGAUCUUAUAUAAGUAUUUACGUAUUAAAUAUAUUUAUAUACGUAAUAAGAAUAAUUUAGAAUUAAUACUUUAUGUAAAUUAUCUGAUACUACGAAUUGAUUCAUAAUAAAAUAGUGAAAGUUCA